AUCUUGUUUUCAAAGCUGCCGUGCUGGGGUGGGAAUUGGAGAAUGAAGCUACUUUCUUCUGCUUCUGUGCUGCCUGUUGCUCAUUUCUGCUUCACCUUUAUCUUCAUCUUCUUCUUAUCGUCAGUUGGAGAAUCUAGAGCACAAAACGCAACCACUGACACAUCUGAAGUCAGAGCAUUGAACUCAAUCUUCCAACAAUGGCAUACACAGGCACCGCCGAAUUCCUGGAAUAUCAGCGGCGAACCAUGCACUGGAACUGCUCUUAGCCAAGAUGAUUCCAACAUUAAUCCGGCCAUCAUGUGCGAUUGCUCCUUCAACAAUGCUACUACCUGUCACAUCACCGGACUGAGAGUGGUUGCACUGGACAUACGAGGGGUGUUACCAGAGGAGCUUUUGGCUCUCAAAUUCUUAACCUCUCUGAACAUCAGUAAAAAUUACUUCACCGGUCCCUUGCCGGCAUGGAUUGGGAAUUUAUCUACACUGCAGUUGUUGUCUAUUGCCUACAAUGCAUUCUCUGGGCCCAUUCCUAAGGAGCUUGGAAAUCUUAAGGAGCUAACUGUGCUUAUUUUACCAGGAUUGAAUUGCCUUCAAAGAAGCUUCCCGUGCAACAGGAACCCUCCACUCUAUGCAAACUUCUCAAUCAAGUGUGGUGGGUCGGAGACGACUGCUGAUGGGAUAAUAUAUGAGGCUGACACCACUUUUCUCGGCACAGCAUCGUUUAAUGUAAUUGGUUCUGAGAAAUGGGCAGUUAGCAUUGCGGGUUUUUUUUCUGACACAAAAAAGCAAAUCUAUGUGCAAAACCGCCAAAACACCUCGGCACAAAUGAGAAACACAAACUCCCCACAGCUUUAUCAGACUUCGAGGAUAUCCCCUGGGUCACUCAGAUACUAUGGCUUAGGCCUAGAGAAUGGGCCUUAUACAGUUAAGUUGCUUUUUGCAGAAACAGCUUUUGAUGAUCGAAGCAAACAAACUUGGAAGAGUCUGGGAAGGCGAGUUUUUGAUAUUUAUAUUCAAGGAACCAUUGUAUUGAAGGAUUUUGACAUAUCGAAAGAGGCAGGUGGAGUUGACAUAGCGAUCACUAAGAAUUUCAAUGCUACUGUGACAGAGAACUAUCUUGAAAUUCUUCUAUUAUGGACUGGUAAGGGAACAUGCUGCAUACCAGUACAAGGUUACUAUGGAUCAUCCAUUUCAGCAAUUAAUGUGGAAUCAAAUUUCCCACCAACUGUAAGUGGGAUUCCCCCACGAACAGAAAAAGAGAAUAGGAUUGGGUUGAUUGUUGCUGUUGCAGUUCCGGUCGGAGUUGUCGCCUUCACCUCGACAUUGAUAUUUGGAGUCUUCUAUUUGAGAAGGAGAAAAGAUGAUGAUGAGGAAGUUCUAGGCUCCCCAAACCAAGGUAAACUUUUUGAUGGGCGGGAAGUAGCUGUGAAGCAGCUCGCAGUAGCAUCUCGCCAAGGGAAGAGUCAAUUUGUUACUGAGAUUGCAACCAUAUCUGCAGUGCAACAUCGCAACCUUGUUAAAUUGUACGGAUGCUGCAUCGAAGGAGACAGACGCCUCCUUGUUUAUGAGUAUCUUGAGAACAAAAGCCUUGACCAGGCACUCUUUGGAAAAAGAGAGUUGCAUCUUGAUUGGCCAACCAGGUUCAGUAUCUGCCUGGCAACUGCAAGAGGACUAGCUUAUCUUCAUGAGGAAUCAAGGCCAAGGAUCAUACACAGAGACAUGAAGACAAGUAACAUUUUGCUUGAUGCUGAGCUCUGUCCGAAAAUAUCUGACUUUGGAUUGGCAAAACUAUAUGAUGACAAGAAAACUCACAUCAGCACCCGUGUUGCAGGAACCAUUGGCUAUUUGGCACCAGAGUAUGCAAUGCGUGGGCAUCUCACUGAGAAGGCAGAUGUUUUUGGCUUUGGUGUUGUUGCUUUGGAAAUUGUCAGUGGAAGACCAAACUCUGACAACAGCCAGGACAAGGACAAGAUCUAUCUUCUUGAAUGGGCAUGGAUUCUGUAUGAAAGCAACCAAAGUCUAGGUCUGGUGGAUCGAACCCUAGUGAAGUUUGAUGAAAAUGAAGCUUUAAGAAUGAUAAGAGUGGGACUCUUGUGUAGUCAAGCAUCGCCAAUGAUGCGACCACCCAUGUCAAGGGUUGUAGCUAUGCUUGCUGGGGAUAUUGAAGUAAGCCCUGUUGCCUCAAAACCAAGUUAUUUAAACUGGAAUUUUAAGGACAUAACAACCAGCUCCAUAGCUGAAAACACACCAUCUACUGCAUCUGAGCACAGUAACAAGCACAAGAACAAUCUUAAUCCAGAGGUAGAGCUGGUGCCUUCUCCAUUAAGUACGGCUGAAUUCAGUGACAGUUUUGGGGAAGGAAGGUGAGAGAUGAGAUGUUCUUUCUUGCAAGCUUCAUUUUGUUACUUCUCCUGCUUCUACCUCUGCUACAUAUUUUCUAGCUCAUAUGUUGAUCAUUUCCCUCCGUGUGAACUGAACAAGAUAAUGAAAUAUUGGCAUGCAAUAAGGUUGCGGUGUGCAGUGUUUUUAACUUAGGAUGUCAUUCCUAUCGUGUAGUAAUAUUCUUCAAAUCUACAAACCUAGGUUUGCAAUUCCAUGUAAUAUAACUAUGCAUUUUUU